GUGGGUUCCCCUUCCGACGGCCCUGAUCUCUUCCCUCCACUCAACUGACGGCCCUGAUCUCUGUCCGUCACUCCCCCUUUGUUUGCAACACACAGUUCGAUGUUUCGCUUUCGGCCUCGUGACAGCGUUGCUUCUGCCCGCGUGUCAAUGGACCCCACCUUCACCCUGUACUCCAAGGCGGGAAGGCCAUGGCAGGCCAGGCCCGGUUCAUCCCCAGAUCAGUAUUACAGAGAAAGACACCCGCAAAUCAAGAAUUUUGGGGAUGAAUAAAGAAGCAUUUGAGGAUACAUUAUCAGGGUCAGAUUCCUUUGGUUUUCUGGUCAAGGGAGGGAUGAGAAUCAGUGACGAAGUUGUUCUCUGCGUCGUUCUCGUGAAGAUUUAGAGUUGAAAAUUCCUCUUUUUUUUCCUGAUGCUACCCUCAGUUCAAGCAGUUUGAGCUUUGUCUCGGGUUUUCCAAGCAAUUUUCCACAGGAAUUGGAGGUUUUUAGAAUCCCAGAUUUAUGAAUCAGGCAAAUUUGGAGCUUCUAUUUUUCUUUCGGUCCAAAUUUAAGCCCUUAGCUCUAUAUCCACUUUUGUGAGGAUUUCUAGCUUUGUUCUUGUGAGAUCUUGCAGAAAGAUUGAAGCUUUUGAUGGGUUUUUGGUUUGGAACUAUGGUAGCUUGGAACUUUAAGAUAAGAUAGCAACUAUUCAGGAUAUGGGAGUUUGGCUCUCAAUUUCGGCCUGAGUUUCUCCUCCCUUUUGUGAUUUUGAUGUUCUUUUGUAGCUUUUUGCUUCUAUGGAGAAAAGAAGACUUUCUCAGUCUCUGCUUUUGCUGUUCAUUCUUUGCUUUCAUCAAACAACAGUCCAAUGCCAUGAUAGGUUCAGUAGGCACCUUUCUUCGCAACCUCCUUCGCCUUCUCGGACCCCGGAAUUCAAGUAUGGACUCAAGAAGAUCAUCCUUAGCAUUGUGUUGGGGAUUCUAACUGGGUUAAUUGGAGCCCUUGUUUUUGCUUUCUUAGUCAAAUGUAUGGUUCAGUACAUGAACAGAACACCAAUUCUCAAAGGCCCUGUUGUAUUUUCUCCGAAAAUCAGCCCCAAAACUCUGCAAUCAGCUCUUGCAAAUGAGAACGAGUUGCUAGGGUCAAGCCCGAAUGGGAAGUACUACAGAACAGUUCUUGACAAUGGGCUCACAAUUGCAGUCAAAAUCCUUGAAACCUUCGAUGCAGGUUCGCCAGAGAGGCUAAACAAGUCUGUGAAGAGAAGAAUACAACACGAACUGGAGGUCCUUGCCAGCUUAAAGGACAGAAAUCUGAUGAGUUUAAGGGCUUAUGUUCGCGACUCUGAUAGGUUUUCCUUGGUUUAUGAUUAUAUGCCCACAGGGAGUCUUGAGGAUGCAAUGAACGAAGUUAGGGAAAAUCAGUUGCAACUUGGAUGGGAGGUUAGGCUGAGGAUCGCAGUUGGCGUGAUUAAGGGGCUUCAGUAUCUUCAUUUUACUUGUGUCCCUCAGAUUGUGCACCAUAACUUAAAGCCCACAAAUGUGAUGUUAGAUGCUGAAUUUGAGCCAAGGCUGGCAGAUUGUGGGUUGGUUAAGCUUAUGCCCAAUAUGGAUAGGGCAACUUCAGUAUACUGUGCUCCAGAGUGUUUCCAGAACCGCAGGUAUACCAAUAAGAGUGAUAUCUUUAGCUUUGGGAUGAUAUUGGCUGUUCUGUUGACUGGUAGAGACCCAAACGAUCCUUUCUUUAGGGAAACAGUCAACAUAGGAAGUUUAGCGAGAUGGCUUCGGCAUUUACAGCAGGAAGGGAAGGCAAGGGAAACACUUGAUAAAAGUAUUCUGGGAGAAGAAGUGGAGGAAGAUGAGAUGCUGAUGGCAGUGAAAAUUGCUGUCGUCUGCCUAUCAGAUUUGCCUGCAGAUAGGCCUUCUAGUGACGAGCUUGUUCUGUUGCUAACUCAGCUGCACAGUUUUUGAUGUGUAAGUAUAUUGAAACUCAAAUCUCUUUGGAUACUGGGAAUUGGAUAUUUUUGAAUGUCACUCUGAGUGAUAUGAAGUUUUGAACCGCAAUCCAUAAAUAAGGACUUGAAGUCAUAAGACAUUGAAAGAGAAGGCACAUUAUGUUUAUGACUGGCAUUCUUUUAUUUUCUGCCUCUGUUCAGAUCUGAAUGUUCUACUCAUCAUAGCAUGUGAAUUAUGAAGUUGUGUACACCACAAAUGCAAAAAGAGAAUUUUAACUCAAGAAAGGUAAUUUGAUCUGACACCUCUGGGGAACACAUCUGCAUCCUUUGUUUUUGAACAACUGGUAGUGGAGUAGUUCUCUUAGCUACUUUAUGUCUGCAAAACCUUUUUUACCCCAACUAACAGAUGCUUUUACUCCAAAAUUAGCUAGCUAUCUUUAAGGUUGGUAGGGUCUGAGAUGUUUGUUGCGUCAAAUUAGAAGGAUAUUGUCUAAAUCAAGCUUAAAAUCCCAGUUGAUGGGGUAAGGUGUGGUUUUGACAUUGUCUUUGCAACGUAUGAAGCCUUCAAAGUAUGAAGCAAAAGAAUGUGGUGGGGAAUGGGGAUGGAUGAAUGUUAGAGCAUACUAAAAGUCUAAAACCUAGAGGAGCAUAAAUGCAGCAUCUGUGACCAAUACCAAAAGCAAAGCAUGCUUCUCAAGGGCGUGACUUGUGAAUUUCAAAGGCAUCGCAAUGGGUCAAGAGAGUAUCUUAAUUGUAAAAUUACCCCUCAUGUCUCACCUUUUUUCGUAUUUUGGUGAAUCCUUACAUCUCACCUUAGAUGAUGCUAUUUGCUUCUAGUAUUAUUCUCAGAUGCUUUUCUCUUUCUGUGGACCCUGUACAUUUUUC